UAAAGAUAAGGAUCAAUACCUUGCAUACCUGCAUCGACAAAGCCUAUAUAAAUGAGCUCAUCGUGAAGACACCAUCUUUCCUAACCGGCAGGUCGCUGUUGCAAUUAAAUAGACAAUAUGGUGGCAUCUGAGGAACUCCUGCCGGCGACUGUGCUUAGGCAGAUUGGCGAUAAGCUCUACGAAAAGCGCAAGCUUGCAGCGUUAGAUGUUGAGCAGCUUAUUAAGCGCUUGGCCGCGCAAAACGACCAACAUCGCAUCCGACUUAUUAUCGACAAGCUGAUCAGCGAGUAUGCCUUCUCUAGUCAGGCGAACCACCGCAAGGGCGCGUUAUUGUGCCUGGCUGCCACGGCGGUGGGCCUCUCCGACCCCACAGAGGUUCACCUGCGUCAAAUUGUGCCGCCGGUGCUGGCGUCCUUUACGGACCAAGACGCCCGAGUGCGCUACUAUGCAUGCGAGGCGCUCUACAACAUCGCAAAGGUUGCCCGGGGCACCUUCAUUUUGUUCUUCAAUGAGGUCUUUGACGCCAUGUUCAGGCUGUGCGCCGACAGCGAGUCCAACGUCCAAAACGCCGUUCAAUUCCUGGACGCCCUCAUCAAGGACAUCGCCGCCGACUGCGCGCACUUUGACGUGGCCGCCUUCGUGCCCAAGCUGCGCGACUACCUGCGCGUAACCAACCCGCACAAGCGCCAGUUCCUGCUGAGCUGGGUGGUGGUGCUGGACAGCCUGCCGCACGUGCGCAUGCUGCGGCACCUCCCCGCGCUGCUGGACGGGCUGCUGGGCAUGCUGGCGGAGCCGGUGCGGGAGGUGCGCACGCAGGCGGCAAACUGCCUCAAGGACUUCCUUUCCGAGGUCCGCGCCAGCCCGCCCGCCGAGCUCUCCCAGGACUUCUUCUCCCGCCUGACCUCCACCCUUGUGGAGCGCUCCUCCUCCCCCGACGAGCUCACCCGCCUCACCGCCAUCCACUGGCUGCGCUCCUUCGUGGGGGCUGCACCCGCGCGCAUCCUGCCCCAUGUGCCCGCCAUCCUGGGGGUGGUGCUGUUCAACAUCUCCUCCCACAAUGCCGACAUACAGCGCGAGUGUGCGGAGGCGAAUGCGGCGUUGUUGAGGCUGGAGGUGGAGGUGACGGACCCGCAGCAGCAGCAGCAGGGGGUGAUCCAGCAGGGGGGGAUGCAACAGCAGCAGCAGCAAGGGGGGCAGAGGGGACCUAUGACGGCGUUGCAGCAGAGCUCCGUGGGCGGGGGAGCUGCAGCAGUGGGUAGCAGCAGCGGGAGCAGUGGAAGUAUCGACAUGGCGGCGAUUCUGGGGACUGUGAUCCUGGAGAUGAAGAGCGAGAUGGAGGCGACCAGGCUUGAAGCGCUGCGUUGGCUUCACUUCCUGCUGGCGCGGGCGCAGGACCUUGUACUAGCACAGGUUGGCCGGCUGCUGCCCCCGCUGCUGGACUCCCUCUCCGCGCCCUCCGACGCGGUGGUCACCAGCGCGCUGGGGGUGAUGGCGGCGCUGGCGGACUGCCCGGGGCAGUUCAA